GUUCCCCCGGAAGCGUCUCCGCGCAGAUCCUGGAGAUGCAUCCGCCUCGCCUAAAGCAGGUGCUGGAGACCUGUGUCCUGGGUGGAACAGGUAACCUUCCCGGAGAAGAUCCGGUGCCCCUCUGCCGAGAGGGACAGUCCCAGACUGUCUUACUGGAUACGAGCUGCAGCCUCCGCCACCUUGCCGACUCUUCCAGAAGUAGCUUACCACCCUGCUGCCUCCUGAAGCUGUUUGAUUGUGCAGUUAUCGACCAUUCGUGGAACAGUUGACAAGAUCCCCACUGCCUUUUAUCGUUAUAGCUAUCCGGCGUCCUUUGACUCCUGCAAAGUUCAAGCUUCCCGCCGUGGAAACCAAAAUUGCUCCCUUCUCAUCUUAACCUCCAGGACAUUCAAAUAAUUACCAGAUGCACUUACGAAUGAACAAACUUACACUGCGUGGAAAAGUGGGGAUUCCAAGCUGCCGGGAAGAGGAAGGAAAGGUGGAUUCUGUGACAGUUAAUGUUGGUGUCAAUUGAUUGGAUCUGGAAUCAAGGAGAAGGCAAAACUGCUGGGCACUCCUGUGGGAUUUCCUUGGUCAGAUUAUUUGAAGUGGGAAUGUGCACGCUGCCUUCGGGUAGUAGCUCAUACAAAAGGGAAAUGGAAGAAGGAAACUGCUUGUGGCCCGUUUGCCUUCACUUGCUGAUAAGUCAUCUAUCGGGUGACUGCACUAUGGAGUUCAUUUGCUGACAUUAGAACCAGCCUCUUCCAGCUUUCAACUCAGACUAAAGCCCAGUAGCUAUCCAGGAACCCUCCAGGCCUUCAACACCGGAUUGGGAUUGCUGAGACACUCAUCCUUGUGGACUGAGCAACUACCAUUGUUGGCCUGCCCAGGCAGUAUCAAGUAAAACAGUCUACUAAAGCCCCGUUUAAUAUAUAUUCAUCAAGCACCUUUACACAGUAGCUUCAUGGCUGCUCCAGAUGGUUCACAGGAUUCACAGGAAACUUCCUAUCUGCUCCUUCCGAACCCUGAGGACUGGGAGGAGCAAGGCAUCCCGGACUUUGUCUAUGGACAGAAAGACCUCAUCGGGAAGGGAAUCCAGUGGCCAGGGAAUGCAGGCCUCACCCUGGACUCACUGCCAAGGUCCCGCUUUGACUCUGCCCUCUGUUCUGCGUGGAGGCAGCGAGUGGAGCUGGGCCUCUUUCGAUACCGCCUGGAAGAUCUGCAGACCCAAAUCCUCCCUGGCUCCGUGGGCUUUGUAGCUCAGCUGAAUGUAGAGCGAGGAGUACAGAGGAGGCCACCCCAGAAUAUCCAAAGUGUGAGGCAGGAGUUUGACCCCGAACUGUUUAACUUCAAUAAAAUCCGACCUGGAGAAGUCCUUUUCCGUUUGCAACGACGGGAGCCCGAGGGCCCAAAGCAAGAGGACAUCCUUGUGCUGAUCAAUGUCAGUCCCCUGGAAUGGGGGCACGUGCUGCUGGUGCCUGAGCCUGCUCUUGGGCUCCCCCAGCGCCUGCUGCCUGGAACACUGCAGGCGGGGCUUGAAGCUGUGCUACUGAGUUUGCACCCAGGCUUCCGGGUCGGCUUCAACAGCCUGGGAGGUUUGGCCUCCGUGAACCAUCUCCACCUGCAUGGGUACUACCUGGCCCACCCACUGCCUGUGGAGGGCGCCCCAAGCACACCUCUGGACCCAAAGGGCUAUAUCCAUCUGCUGCAGGCCCUCCCAGCCCCUGGCUUCCUCUUCUACACUAGUGGGCCAGGGCCUGACAUGGAAGGCUUAAUUCGCAGGGUAUGCCGGGCCACUGACUAUCUGAGUAACCAUGAGAUUGCACAUAAUUUAUUUGUGACCCGGGGCGCUCCACCCGGGCCGGCAUCAUCUUCCGCAGGCCUCACUGGGCUCCGAGUCAUUCUGUGGGCCCGGAAGUCCAGCUUUGGAAUCAAGGAAAGCGGGGCUUUCAAUGUUGCACUCUGUGAGCUGGCAGGCCACCUACCUGUUAAGACAUGCCAGGACUUUGACAGCUUGACAGAGGCAGCUGCAGUGGCCCUCAUUCAGGACUGUCUGCUGCCCCAAGCUCGGGCGGAAGAGGUGCAGGCAGCGCUGGUGGCCCUAAUGGCCCAAGAAGAGCUGUGAUUCUUCAGGAGUUUCUUUUCUUGAUUCGAGGCCCUUUCCAAAGGCUGCUAAUCACUGGUAUUUGGGCAUCUCUUGUAUGACGGCCUUCCCACUGCUCAGCUCAAAGACUGAGUAUAAAAACAACGUUGAAUGAAUGUAGCCCAGCAGCGAAGGUUCCAGCUGCUUCUCCCCUCCCUUAGACAAGCCCCAGGGGUAACAGAUCUACCAUUAAGGGCCAGACAGAUCACUCCCUAGGGGAAGAGUGCUUGCUGCCAAGCCUGUAGACCUGAGUUCAACCUCCAGAGCCCAUGUGGUCCAGGUUGCCCUCUGACUUCCACACACACCCAAACAUGUACACACACAUAAAAGUAAAUAUAUCUCAAAUAAAGUAUGUGUGCCAGGUGGUGGUGAUACACACCUUCAAUCCCAGCCUGGGGUGGGGGUGGGGGCAGCAGAGGCAGGGAGAUCUCCGUCACUGCUUCAUCCAUAUGCUCAACUUCCCGUCUCUGAAAAUCCAUUCUGAAUUUUCUGCUAGCACCUAAUAACAGGGUUGACUAGUGAGCUCAAAGGCAGCCUAGAUCACAUACCAACUCUGCCUUAAUUUUGUUUUAUUGCUGGUCAUAGGCCAGCAAGAGAGCUCAGGGCUGAAGGUACUUGGCAUCAAGCACAAGGAUAGGAGCUUCAUCCCUAGGACACACUUUGUUCAAGGAGAACCAGCACCUGCAAAUUCUCUGACUUCCCACUGAACAAACCUAACAAGUUUUCUGUUUGGGUUUUGUUUUGUUUUUGCUUUUGUUUUUGUUUUGUUUCGAGACACGGUUUCUCUGUGUAAUA